AUCAUUACAUUGUUAUAAACUUUAUAAGUAGAAUGUGUUCGUAAUAUUAUUAUUUAUUGAAUCGAAAAAAAAUAUCAAAAAUUGUUUGAUAUGAAAUCGUUAUUGUAUGUUUAAAUAUUAUUCAAUAUAAUAUAUUAUUGAAUAAUUGAUAUUAUCGCAGUCGUAAGAUAUGGCCGGUCCUGGACCACCCGUGCACAUGUAUCGCCCCAGCCACAUUAUAUUAUAUCGACCACCAGCUGGGUCGUGCAGCGACGCAACCAACUACGCUCGACGCACCCUUCCCAAAUACUAUACCAUUAAUCAUUAUAUCGUAUCUAUACUUACAUUUGUAUACUUAUAUUAUAUAACCAGAAAACAUAUUCAGUAACAACAACAAUUAUCAUAUAACACAUAGUUGCUUGAUGUAAUUAAAAGUUAUCUGCAGGACCAUUGCGGACUCGAAGUAUAAACGCUAUUUCAGUAUCGUGCUUAACAUUGUCACUAUUCGCUAAGGAUUGCAUAAUGCAAGGGUACAAUAUAUCGAUAUUAUAUAAUAUGAUAUAUAAAUUAAGUAAUAAACGGAGAAAAAAAUAUAUUUAUCGUUACAAAAUUAAGGGAGUUGCUAUAAAACAAAAUUCUUGUAUUACGUAUAUAAUUAUUAUAAUAACCAAAUUGUUAUACACCGGUAUGAAUUGUAUAUAAUGUCGAUUCUAAAUCCUUUUCACUCCUUACAUCAAAGGCCACCACCACCGUAAACGAUCACCCUGUAUAAUAUAAUCCUACCAUUCAUACCCCUACCUUAAAUGUCUACCACCAGCCAUAAUUUGUAUUAUUUUAUAAUUUUUACUAUUCUUUUGUGCAUUUAAUAUUAUGGCAUAUUAUUUGUAAUACGUUCUUAUUUGUCAACUAAUGAGUUUACUUAAUUUUGGUUAUUUAUAUUUCUUUAAAAAUUCCCCAGUGUUCAUAAUUUUUUUUUUUUAAAACUGCUUCUAUAUUUUACAUUAUGCACAACACACGUAAAACGUCCUUUUAGAUGUAAAAUUGUAUGCAUACUGAUUUAAAGAAAUAUUAUUCGCUUUAAAAAUGUUCACAUCCACUUCAAUAUUGAACACCACACUGUAUACGUGUCACGUGUAGUUUUCUGAUCAAAGCGAUAUGUAUAGAUGUGAGAAUAGCUUACACGUGUUACGUAUGACCAUCUUUUGUAAUUGUCUACGUAUACGACCAUUCAAUUUAAACAUCCCCUACACAGUACAAGAAUCACAUAUAAUUUUAUUCAUCGAAAGAAGGACCUUUUUAUUGCGUUACUUGGUAGAGACCCCAGAUACACAGCAAGGACAAGUCAGUCUAUCGAUAUGCUAACUGUCAUUAAGACGUAGGUACUUAAUGGAAAAUAAAUACAUAUUUCGAUAACCAUUCUCGUGUGAAUCCGAUAAAAUUUAGUAUUUUAUUUUUAUCUCGCCAUUUUAUACCUUGUGUUAUAUAUUUUUAUUUAACAUAAUCUCAAAAUGUUUAAUUGCGAUAAAUGUGCCGCGUCAUUUUCUCGACACGAUAAUUUAAAAAGACAUUUAAGAAUUCACGAUGAUUCUGGCUACAUAUGUAAUUUAUGUAACAUACUAUUUACGCGAAAAGAUAACUUAAAAAGACACACUAAAAUAUUUCAUCCUGAAAAUAAAGACCAUCUGUUUACGAAUAGAGAUGUAAAUGGAUCUGGAAAUGAUACGUUGACUAAUGCGAUGUGGAACAGCACGGAAAAUGACGUUGUAUAUAACAAGGUAUCAUAUGACGCUGUCCGCAUUGUUGUUAGACGGCCGGUACUAAACGAUAAUAUCAAAAUUGGUUCAAAAUACGGCUCUAAGAAGAAAAAUAUUGACAGACUUGAGAAAAAUACAAAGUCAUACAUCACGGAUAAUAAUACAAGAGAGGUGCAAAAAAACGAAGUCGUUCAGAAUACAGUUGACGAAGACUACAAAGAACAAAUAAAAAAGAAUUGGGCAUGGAUUAAAGUGGUGUCAUCUUUGAUUAAUUCAAUUAAAGAUAAAAAUGAGGCACAAGAAAAAAAAAUAUUGUCAGACAUAAUGACUAGAUGGCAUACAACCCAUGACAACCAUGCAGGCAAUUUGGAAAAACAAGGAGAAAGGUUAACAUCCAAGUCAGUUGUCAAAAAAUCAAAUUUAUUUGUUUAUAGUGAACAAUCGUCCUUACUAGAUAAAAACAAAGAAUUAAGUGACUCUAAUUCGAGUUUUGAAGAUUUUCUUACUACUAUAUUUGAGAAAAAAUUGCACAAUACCAAUGAAACUGAAACUGAUCGAAAUUCAUUAAGUAAUACUGAUGAUAGAAUGAAUAACCACAAAGUUGUAAAGAACUCUCUUUCUUUAAGUAAAAAACCAAUAAAUAAGCGUAAGAAGUCCAGUGGGGAGAAAGCACUAGUUGAUUCUAAGAAAAAUCACAAAAUAAAAAAAUCAUCAAUGGAAGAAGAUGAAGACUUAGAAUUUUUUUACUCAAUACUUCCAACAGUACAAUCAUUGACUUCAGACCAGAAAUCCAGUUUUAGAAUUCAAACAAUGCAAUUACUUUACAACAUUAUUCACAAUAUAAGUUCAAUCAAUCGAUCAACUGAGAACUCCACGAACACACUAUCGCCAUUGUACACCACACCUGACAAUUCAUUUCAACCACUUACUUGUACUUCUGAAAUUGAUAUUGUUUGGUCAUCACCUGAUACACCAAGUGUUGCGUCAUAUUACUCUAAAUUUUCUCCCGAUGAAUUUUAAAAUGACAAUAAUGUAUACUUGCAAGAAGAUUAUAAUUCUCGAAGUUAGUAAAAAAAUUAUCUACAUUUUACAUAAUAUUAUAUACAUUAAUAAUAAUAUUAACUUAUAUUUUGAAUUUUGAAUUAAUAUGAAAUCCACAAUUCAAUAAAUAACUUGAUGUACCUAUUAAUAUUGUAUACUUACCGAAUUAUUUUAAUUUUUAAUAGUCUAUGAAAACCACAUCAAAAAUCUUAAAUUGUAUUUUACAAACAUUGAUCAGCGCCCCUCCCCGAAGAAAAGUCCUAGCUACACCACUGAUGUUAUUACAAGCAUUUCCUAAAGUUCUAAACUCGUCUAUUGUAUUAUUUUUGUUAUUAUUUAAGAUAUAAAUACACUAGAAAACUAAAAAAAUAAAUAUGUAAAUUGUAUUUAUUUGUAAAUUUAUA